AUGCAGAUCUUCGUCAAGACCCUGACUGGCAAGACGAUCACGCUCGAGGUCGAGUCGUCCGACACGAUCGACAACGUCAAGGCUAAGAUUCAAGACAAGGAGGGCAUCCCGCCCGACCAGCAGCGCCUGAUCUUUGCCGGCAAGCAGCUCGAGGACGGCCGCACCCUCUCGGACUACAACAUCCAGAAGGAGUCGACGCUCCACCUCGUCCUGCGCCUCCGUGGCGGCAUGCAGAUCUUUGUCAAGACCCUCACCGGCAAGACGAUCACGCUCGAGGUCGAGUCGUCCGACACGAUCGACAACGUCAAGGCUAAGAUUCAAGACAAGGAGGGCAUCCCGCCCGACCAGCAGCGCCUGAUCUUUGCCGGCAAGCAGCUCGAGGACGGCCGCACCCUCUCGGACUACAACAUCCAGAAGGAGUCGACGCUCCACCUCGUCCUGCGCCUCCGUGGCGGCAUGCAGAUCUUUGUCAAGACCCUCACCGGCAAGACGAUCACGCUCGAGGUCGAGUCGUCCGACACGAUCGACAACGUCAAGGCUAAGAUUCAAGACAAGGAGGGCAUCCCGCCCGACCAGCAGCGCCUGAUCUUUGCCGGCAAGCAGCUCGAGGACGGCCGCACCCUCUCGGACUACAACAUCCAGAAGGAGUCGACGCUUCACCUCGUCCUGCGCCUCCGUGGCGGCAUGCAGAUCUAG